UCUUCUCUUCUCUUGUCUUAGGAAAGUUUCCCAAUUCUCGAUCUCUAGGCUCUAGCUGUUUGUUCUUCGUUCAUUACUUUCGAUCUCCGUUUUCUUCCAUGGCGCGGGCGAUCCCGUUUUCUUCCAUGGCGGCGGCGAUCCAGAAGAAACCAGAGUCGCUCCAGUACUGGAGGGAUUUCUUUGCCACUGCAAACAACUCCUCCACCAUUUUCGAUAUUCUCGACCACGCCAUCACCGUCGCCGCCUCUGAUUUCCCGGAGGAGUUCACUCGCCAGAGGACUCGAAUUCUCGAUUCGAUUCAACGUUUGGGUUUGGGCGGCGGCUCGGAUCUAGGGUUUUGUGCUGGUGCUGCAUCUGGAAGUUCUGGGUCCGAUCAAAAGGCUGAGCAGCCUUCAAAGCCAUCGCUCAAAAUACGCAUAAAGAUCGUGAAGCGAAAUGUUGAUGGUACCCUGAUCGAACCCAGUUCAGAUGAAGGGAAAUUGAUCGAGCCCUGUUCUCAUGAUCUGAUCAAGCCCGCCGCACCCUGUGUUGGUGUUGGUGAUCAAGCAAAAUCGAUCAAGCCCUGUUCUCAUGAUCUGAUCAAGCCCGCCGCACCCUGUGUUGGUGUUGGUGAUCAAGCUCCACGAUCGAUAUCAAGAAAUCGAGAACCAUAAGAGGCAGAGGAGGAUACAAGUCUUAAACCAUCUUCCCAGGCAAGACUUCAGGAUUCGAUGCCCUGCUAAACCCAGACUUGGAAACCAUUGGAAACCAGUACAACAAAAAAUCAGAACAUA